UCUGCUGUCAAAAUUUUGCUCAGUUAAUAAGAGAAGAGACUUCUUUGUUCAUGGAGUUUUUCAUCAGUAUGUCUGAAACCAUUAAAUAUAAUGACGACGAUCACAAAACUGUGUUCCUGAAAACAUUAAAUGAACAACGAUUGGAAGGAGAAUUUUGUGACAUAGCUAUUGUUGUAGAAGACGUUAAAUUCAGAGCCCAUAGGUGUGUGCUUGCUGCUUGCAGUACCUAUUUUAAAAAACUUUUCAAAAAACUGGAAGUUGAUAGCUCAUCAGUGAUAGAGAUUGAUUUCCUUCGCUCUGAUAUAUUUGAAGAAGUUCUAAAUUAUAUGUACACAGCCAAGAUUUCUGUUAAGAAAGAAGACGUAAACUUAAUGAUGUCAUCUGGUCAAAUUCUUGGUAUCAGAUUUUUGGAUAAACUCUGUUCUCAAAAACGUGAUGUUUCCAGUCCAGAAGAUAACUCACAGUCAAAAAAUAAGUAUUGUCUUAAAAUAAAUCGAUCAAUUGGUGAGUCUAAUGAUAACCAAGAUGAUGAAGUGGAAGAAAUUGGAGAUCAUGAUGAUAGCCCAUCAGAUAUGACAAUGGAAGGGACACCUCCGAGUCAAGAAGAUGGGAAAUCCCCAACUGCCACUUUAAGGGUUCAGGAAGCAAUUUUGAAAGAAUUGGGGAGUGAAGAGGUUCGAAAGGUAAAUUGCUAUGGUCAGGAAGUAGAGUCCAUAGAGACUGCUGAAACAAAAGAAUUAGGAUCUCAGACUCCUCAAGCGCUAGCAUUUAAUGAUGGCAUAAGUGAAGUAAAGGAUGAGCAGACACCGGCAUGGACAACAGCGACUGGUGACAUGAAAUUUGAAUAUUUGCUUUAUGGUCACAGGGAGCAGAUUGCAUGUCAGGCAUGUGGUAAGACAUUUUCAGAUGAAGCACGAUUGAGAAAACAUGAAAAGCUUCAUACUGCUGAUAGACCUUUUGUUUGUGAAAUGUGCACUAAAGGCUUUACUACUCAAGCCCACUUGAAAGAACACCUGAAGAUCCACACAGGUUACAAGCCUUAUAGCUGUGAAGUAUGUGGAAAGUCUUUUAUCCGUGCUCCAGAUCUAAAGAAGCAUGAAAGAGUUCACAGUAACGAAAGGCCGUUUGCGUGCCACAUGUGUGACAAAGCAUUCAAGCACAAAUCCCAUCUGAAAGACCAUGAACGAAGACACAGAGGAGAAAAGCCUUUUGUCUGCAGCUCUUGUACGAAAGCAUUUGCCAAAGCAUCUGAUUUAAAAAGACAUGAGAACAAUAUGCACAGUGAAAGGAAACAGGUAACUACAACAAGUGCUCUCCAAAGUGAAACAGAACAGUUACAGGCAGCAGCUAUGGCUGCUGAAGCAGAACAGCAACUUGAAACUAUAGCUUGUAAUUAAAGGCAAAAUAACUAUAUAUUGGGAAAUGUUUGAUCUGAUAAAUCACCACUGAGAAAAAAUAUUUUUAAAGGGAUUUAAGUAUUAACAAAAAUAGUUUGCAGCAAAGACCACUCUAUCAGUGACUUCAAAUGGGGAACAGUCUUAGUUUAGAUGGUUAAUCUACUAUAAAUAAAAAUUGGAGUCAGCCUCUUGGCAGUAGUUUACUCCUGUAUUAAAAUUCUGUUUUUUCACUGCAUGCGUAGUCCCAUUGGAAUAAAACUCUAUGCAUGUGGAAUGAACAGCUUUACACUCCAAUGCACAGUGAAAUUAUGCCAAAGUAUAUGGAUUUAAACUAUUUUUGUCCCGUUGACUUCAGUUCCUUUAA